UCUAUUGGAAAUUAUUCGACCGCAUAAAACAUCUAUAUGUUAUAAAAUCUGAUAUGUUUAAAUGGGCCAAUCACAAUUCGUUUUAAGAACAGAUUAACCAAUUGUAGUUAGGUUACUAUUAUAGAAACAUCUGAUUUAGGUAAUUGUUACCAAAGUAGAUUAUAAUGUCAUUGAGUUGGCAAGGGUUAUUAGAGUAAGAAGUAGUUUUACAGAAGAGGACGUUUUAAAGAAGCCAGGGAAAAACCUGAAAAGUGCUAUAUAAUAACUUCAGAAAUUUGAUUCAUUCCACUAUUUUUUAUUUAUAAACAAGAAGUCAUAUUGCAUUUAUAUUAGAGGAAAAGGCAAUGGAAAGUUACGACGAUAUUUGUAAAACUAUUAAAUUAUUGUCCAGUAUGCUCCAAGGCGCAACCGAUAUUGAUUUCAGAGACAAUUGUAAUACAAAUUUAAAUUAUUUUCACCAUAACUUAUCAGAAAGUUAUUACAAAUCAUGCAAGGACUCUUAUGGUGACAAACUUUCGACAAAUUACCUUGAUGAUAACUGCUCACCUACAACCAGCUUAUUAGACUAUAACGAGACGUUUCUCACUAUAGGCAAUCUGCCAAACGCAAUCGAGGCAGAUAUAAGUGACCAAGAGGAUAUACUACCUGAUAUUGACGAAUUAUCAAAUUCAAGUUUCCUUAGCACAAUUUCAGAUGAAACCCUACCUUACACAACACCUACAUAUCAAGAAUUAACCCGAAUUAUAAAAUCAGAGUCUUCGGAAGUAGACGAAAAAACUUAUGCUGCUACACCUGCGAUUUGUUCUGGAAUAAAAAGAAAAAGCUCUUCAAGCACUGGAACAAGAACACACAAAAAACGAAAGAUAAGGAGCAAUUUACUAAAGCCAGGUAGCCAGCUUUAUCAAUUUAUUCUUCAAUUAUUGGAUGAUGAGAAAAAACGAGAACAUAUAGAGUGGGUUCAAAGGAACAAAGGAAUCUUCCGUAUCAUAAAUAAAGAAGAAGUUGCGAAAAUGUGGGGAAAAGUUAAAAAAAGAGAAAUGACGUACGACAGCUUGAGUCGAGGACUGCGACACUAUUAUCAGCAAGGCUUAUUAGAAUCUGUCAAUAAGAAAUUGCAUUAUAAAUUCACACAAAAAGCAUUAGACGAAUGGGAAGUGAUACGUGAUUUAGAGAGCAUUGAUGAAAGAAGACAGUAAAACAUGGCAAUGACAUUUACAGGCUUUUUGAACAUGUGUACAGGCCCUUUCGUCUACCUUUUCAAGCAAAUCUAUUCCAAUGACCUUCUAAAACGAUUUGUACAUAACACUUUUUUUGUAAUUGAUGCAGUGCUGGUUACUGUUUAAUUGUAAAUUUCUCGAGGUUAAUAUUUCUUUUAAAAUCUAGGCAUUUUGUUUUAUUUAUACCAUUUCAAAAAUUUUAAGACUGAAAAUUGUGUUGCUUAA